AUGGUUCAGAUUCCGCCAGAAAACCCAGCCCAGGGGUGGCUGGAGACCUACGACAUGAAUACCUCGGAGCCCAAGACGGAGCCAGAGAGCAUGCCUCCCGGGGGCCGGCCCCCCUACCGCAGCAACGUGCCCUGGCAGUGGAGCGGGCCUGCCUCCCACAACUCUCUACCAGCCUCCAAGUGGGCCAACCCCAGUGCUCCCGGCCACGCCCAGUCCCUGAGCCGGCCCCCGAAGCAGACCCCCAUGGUCCCCUUCCGGGAGCCCCAGCCCCUGCACAGCAAGAGGCCCGUCAGCUUCCCGGAAACCCCUUACACAGCAUCACCAGCAGGGGCCGACAAAGUCCCUCCCUACCGACAGCCUUCUGGGAGCUUCUCCACCCCCGGCUCGGCCACCUACACAAGAUACAAGCCAUCCCCAGAAAGGUAUGCAGCUGCCCCACACCCACUGCUGUCUUUUGAUCCCCACUUCAGCCACGAUGGGAUGUCCAGCGACUCCUCCUCGGGCGGCCUGACCAGCCAGGAGAGCACCAUGGAGCGUCAGAAGCCAGAGCCUUUGUGGCAUGUGCCUGCCCAGGCCCGGCUCUCAGCCAUGGCUGGAAGCGGUGGGAGCAAGCACGCCUCCAGGCAGGACGCGGCAGGAACAGAUUCCCCCAACAGGCAUUCCAAAGGGGAGCCUCCGUACUCCAGUCACUCCAGCAGCAACACCCUCUCUAGCAACGCAUCCAGCAACCACAGCGACGACCGCUGGCUGGACCCCCUGGACCCCCUGGAGCCGGAGCAAGACCCCCUCUCCAAGGGUGGCUCCAGCGACAGUGGCAUUGACACCACCCUCUACACCUCCAGCCCCAGCUGCGUGUCCCUGGCCAAGGCGCCUCGGCAGGCCAAGCCACACAAGCCCCCGGGAAGCAUGGGCCUCUGUGGGGGCGGACGGGAGGCCGCUGGGCGGUCCCACCAUGCAGACAGGCGGCGGGAGGUCUCGCCGGCCCCCGCAGUUGCAGGCCAGACCAAGGGCUACCGCCCGAAGUUGUACUCCUCAGGCUCCAGCACCCCAACGGGCCUGGCAGGGGGGAGCCGCGACCCGCCCAGGCAGCCUAG